CAGGCCCAUAGGCUUCUUAUUUAUAUGAAUCUGAAUUUAACUUUGGAUCUCUGAAUUACCAUUAUCGGAACCAAAUCAUACACGCCUUAGGCACUUUCAGAGGUAGACCCAUCAUAGCUUAUUCUGCAGCUUUCACACCUUCAUCUCUUCAGGAAAAUACGCAUGGAUUCAUUACAAAGCACAGCUCUGGGGGGAAAUGGUGGGAGUGGUGGAAAUGGGACAUUGAUUUCUCAAACUAAUGAUAUGACAGCUUCUGCAGCAGGAGUUGAUGAUUCUAUGCAGAAGCUGAACCAGGUCAGCAAUUCAAUUCAGAAAACCUUGGGCCUUAUUCAUCAGCUCUCCCUUACAGUUUCUACCUUCAAUGCUGCCUUUCAAAUGCCUCUACUCCAGCGCAUUAAUGGCCUUGUUGUAGAACUUGACAACAUGGUCAAAUUGGCAGAGAAAUGCAACAUUCAGGUUCCCAUGGAGGUUGUUAAUCUAAUUGAUGAUGGAAAGAAUCCAGAUGAAUUUACUAAAGAUGUUAUAAACAGCUGUAUUGCAAAGAAUCAGAUCACCAAAGGAAAAACGGAUGCCUUAAAGAGUUUGCGCAAACAUCUUUUAGAGGAAUUGGAGCAGAACUUUCCUGAUGAGGUUGAAACUUUUAGAGAGAGUCGUGCUGCCGCAGCUGCUGAGUUGAAACGUCUGACACAAGCUCAAAGUGCACUGCCAAAUGGAGAUGUGAGGGUUAAAUCAGAGCAUUGAGUGAUAUGUUUCUUGCGCCUUUGCUUGUCUGUAAAUGGAACUCAAUAUUUCUGUUUAUUUUCCUAUGUUAUACAAAUGCAUUAUAUAGUGAAGUUCAUCUCUGCUUUCCUUUUGUC